CAUUGGCUGGGCCUCGGGCGACAGCUCGGGAGGGCCUGUGUGCGGGGAGCGGGCUUGGGCGAGCCGGGGCCGGAGCCCCCGGAGCGCCUCCGCCAGCCUGGGCUGCGCGCCUGCGCGCGGAGGACGUCCUGGAGGGGGCGUCUUUCCGCGGGCGGUUAGGACGGCGCCUCACGUCGUGCGCCGCUGCCCCUCGCCCCUCUUCCUGGGCCCCGCGCAUUUGGUUCCGCUCCGGGGCGAAGUAACUUUUGCCUUCCCGCCUCCCCCGUCCUGGGCACCAGAGGCGGCGCCGAGCCUGGGGGCGGUUCCUUGGCAGCGCUGAUUGGAGUCUGAGCCAGACUUUGGGUCCUGGGCUGGGUUUGCAUCAUCCCCAUCACACCCUAGGGAGAGCGGCGCCCGCCCUGCUCCCAGCUCGGCUUCCGGCCUCAGCGACCCCCGCCCUGCCGGCCCCUCCCCGGCCCCCGGGCUCCGCGGCGGGUCCCUGCCUGCUGCCUCCCGCCCUCCAUCCGUUGUUUGAUGUUUCCCACUCUUCUGAGGAAGGAUGGUUGAUUUGGAGAGCGAAGUGCCCCCUCUGCCUCCCAGGUACAGGUUUCGAGAUCUGCUGCUAGGGGACCAAGGAUGGCAAAACGACGACAGCUUAAUGGAAUGUUUCUAUGUAUCAUUACCACCAACAUGAGGAAAAAAGGAUUUUUGUUGAUUUGAAUCUUGAAAAAUGAGCAGGAAAAAUUGUUGGAUUUGUAAAAUGUGCAGAAAUGGAUCUCAGAAACUGCCUUCCAAACUUACUUUGGAGGAAGUGUUACAGUGGGCCCAAUCUUUUGAAAAUUUGAUGACUACAAAAUAUGGUCCUGCAGUCUAUGCAGCAUAUUUAAAAAUGGAGCACAGUGAUGAGAAUAUUAAAUUCUGGAUGGCAUGUGAAAGCUAUAAGAAAACUGCCUCACGGUGGAGCAGAAUUUCUAGAGCGAAGAAGCUUUAUAAGAUCUACAUCCAGCCACAGUCCCCUAGAGAGAUUAACAUUGACAGUUCUAUAAGAGAAACUAUCAUCAAGAACAUUCAAGAACCCACUCAGACAUGUUUUGAAGAGGCUCAAAAAAUAGUGUACAUGCAUAUGGAAAUGGAUUCCUAUCCCAGAUUUCUGAAGUCAGAAAUGUACAAGAAACUUUUGAAAACUGUUCAGUCAAAUAAUUCCUGACUACCACUCAAAACUGUAAACUGAAGAUGGAAUAUUGCAAAUACUGAUUUUGGUCUUGUAAAUAAGAAAACAGAAAAUCAGAAGUAAAGUAGGAAUAAAACAGAAAUCAAGCUAGAAAUUAAUUUUUACUUCCCAAAGAGACACAGAUUCCAAAAUGAACUCUAGAACUCCUAUAAAUGACACAAAUAUAGCAUACCUAUGUAGCUCAGCUAAUAUAUAAGUAAAAGGAAGAUCUUUCUUUGUGACACAAAUAUGCUUACUGUAAUAGUCAAUUAAUAGUUGUUUUCUUAUUAAUUAAAUUUUGUUGUCAUAGUGUGACAGCAAAUUAUUUCUUUAAGAAAUUUAGUUCUGUGAAUCAUAUCUCUAGCAUAAAUGUAUUCAACAAGUACAGUGUUCUUAAUAACUUGAAUUAGUAAAAAAAAGCUUCAUAUUUACAGUACAAAAAGUGUAUUUAUCAUGAGAAUAUUAAAAAGGUAUAUUCUUGGGCCAGGAAUUUAGUUCAGUGGGACUGCACCUGCCUUGCAAGCACAAGGUCCUGAGUUCAAUCCCUGGUACCAAAAAAAAGGUAUAUUCUUGAGAGAUAGUCUAUCUGUAAAAUUUUCCUAAUAUGUCCAUAAUUGACUUUCUAUAUCAUUUAUAUUUUCUACAUGUAAAAAGUUUGUGAUGAUUCUAAGCUCUUAAAAAUGUGAGACAUUUUCAUUUCCUGUUGCAUUUACAUUGCUAUAAGGUUAGAACAUUUAUUUUCUAUAUUUUGAGAUUUUUCCUCAUAAUAUGAAUAUAUCAUGGUUUUGGUAAUCAACAAAUCUAAAUAUGAACUUAUAAGUUAUAAAUAUAUGUACUUUUCAGAUACAUAGUAAAAAUACUAUUCUACACAAAUUUCUAUCAGCCUAAAGUUGAUAUAAUAGUAUGAAUAUAUAUUUUUAAUUUUAUAGUUCUAAUGGAAAGGUAGGCGAUAUAACACAUUCUCUGAUGUUAACUUCCUGUCACUCUAAAACACCAUUACAGAGUACAGAUUCAACAGGGACAUCCCGAAGCUCAACAUAAGACAAGUGUAAAAUUAAUCUGCUAUCUUUGCUACUUAAUAUUUUUUAAACUUCAAGUCUUUAUUCCUGAAAAAAGGAGAUGUUAAAAAAUGAUUUUCCUCUGGGGAAUUAUUUUUAACUACUCGUGUUUGCUCUUGGUUUUGAAAAGUAGCUUAAAAUAAGUUUGGCUCUUACAUUGAAGCAAAGCUCUUCCUUUCUUCUAGUGAUUUACCAGUUCUCAUACCACUUUAUUCCACAAGCUAUUACAUUUUAUUGUACCUAAAAGAAUAAAUUUUGCCAGUCAGAUGCCUCCAUGGUUCACAAGAUCCCAGAAAUUUUGUCUGUAGUGUUUUCCACUUUUAAAAGAACCAACAUGAGUAACUGCAUAAACAACUAUAACAUAUCAGGUCUUAAGAAGGGGAAAGUCACUAAACCACCCUGCCUCCAGUUCUGAAGCAAAGGAGUCCUACCAAAAAAGUAAAUGAAAAAUACAAAAUCACCACUGAUAUAACAGAAACAAAAACAAAACCACUUUGAUUUCACACAAUGGAAAGUGUAUUAAAUUCAUUGUUAACAAUCUUGGAUUUCAGUUCUGUAUUUUCCAAGUUAAAUAUACAAGUUAUCAAGCUCUGAGUAAACUACAGAAAAUUAUAAUAAUUUCCUAGUCUCUCUGCUCUUCAGUUUCCUCAUAUUUGAAAUAAGGUGAUAAAAAAAAUAAAUCAAAAUAAGGUGAUGCGAAUAGAUAAUACAUGACUUACUUUCAGUACUUUUAAACAACAUUUCCAUAAUAUUCUAUUGCCUUCUUCUGACUUUGUACACUUAAUAGUAUUACCUGUCUUCAAAAUUGAACUGUUGAGUCACUCUUCUAAGAUCAAACAUACUUAGAUGUUUGUAAAUCAUGAAUAACCUCACAUUACUCUCAUUCCCCGGUCACCUGUCCCAAGCCUCCCCACACCAUUCAUUGGUGAAAUCUGUAUUUAAGCUUCAAGAAAAAUUCUCCAGGAUUAUGGAAAAAUAAAAUAAAAAUAGAAAAAAUAAAAAUAGAGCUAUCAUAUGUUCUAUCACUCCCACAUCUGGGUCAUCUAUUCAGAGACUGGAAACAGGGUCUCAAAGAGACACCUAUACUCCCAUCUUCUCAGUGCCAUUUUUAUAAUAAUCAAAACAUGAAAACAACCCAAAAGUCCUUCAAAUGAGUAGAUAAAAAAGUGUGAGGUACACACACACACACACACACACACACACACGAAUACAGGUUGAGUGUUCCUUAUUCAAAAUACUUGGAGUCAGAAAUGUUUCAGAUUUCAGAUUUUUUAAAUUUUGAAAUAUUUGCAUAUACAUAAUGAGAUAUCUUAGCUAUAAAAUCCAA